AUGGCUAGCGACGCUCUAAGUGCUAUUUUCAGCAAUCAGUCGAAAAAGAAUGUUCAGCCCAUCACAUCCAUUGUAUCAUACACUGAUAACAAUGAAAAUGAUAUAAUAGACGUCGAAAACGGGAAGUUUAGAAAGAACAAAAACGUCAGCACUAAAGUCUAUGACGACAAUUCAUCGAUAGAAGAGGACGAGAUUGACCCCUUGCCUGAGACAAAUUCCUUUUGGAGCAAGAUAUACUACGAUUACCUUGUAUUGGAUAAGACAACGUUGAACGUUUCGCUCAAGGAGUCCUUCUUAUAUAACAGAGAUUUAAAACCGGUUGAAGAAGAGAGAAGAUGCUGGUCCUGGUUCAAUUAUUUAUACUUCUGGUUGGCAGACUGUUUCAACAUCAACACAUGGCAAAUUGCAGGUACAGGUCUUCAACUAGGUCUGAAUUGGUGGCAAUGUUGGCUCACGGUUUGGAUUGGUUACACUUUCGCAGCAGUGUUUGUUGUGCUGAAUUCGAGAUUUGGUUCCGCAUACCAUUUGUCUUUCCCUAUCACUGUUAGAGCCUCGUUCGGUAUUUUCUUUUCCAUGUGGCCAAUUAUAAAUCGUGUUGUGAUGGCUAUAGUGUGGUAUGCAGUGCAAGCGUGGCUAGGUGCUACGCCUGUUGCACUGAUGUUGAAGUCUAUCUUUGGUAAGGAUCUGCAAGACAGAAUUCCAAACCAUUUUGGGUCUCCAAAUAGUACUACUUUCGAAUUCAUGUGUUUCUUCAUAUUUUGGGUGAUCAGCAUACCGUUUGUCCUAGUGGCUCCUCAUAAAAUUAGACAUUUGUUCACAGUGAAGGCGGCUCUGAUUCCCUUUGCCGCCUUUGGGUUCUUGAUUUGGGCUUUGAAGAAAUCAAAUGGUAAAAUCGAACUGGGGUCACUAAAUGAUUACUCGCCUCAUGGUUCCGAAUUUUCUUGGAUAUUCGUCAGAUCUUUGAUGGCCUGUGUCGCCAACUUUGCUGCUUUGAUUAUCAAWGCUCCUGAUUUUGGUAGAUUUGCCAAAACCCCCCAAGCAUCUCUGUGGCCGCAAUUGGUUGCAAUUCCAUUAUUUUUUGCUAUUACCUGUUUGAUCGGUAUAAUUGUCACUUCAGCAGGUUAUCACUUAUACGGAGUCAACUAUUGGUCUCCCGUGGACGUCCUUGGUCAAUUUUUGGAAACUACGUAUACAAGAGGUACUAGGGCAGGUGUGUUUUUAAUUUCUUUUGUGUUUGCCUUAGCUCAGUUGGGUACCAAUAUUUCAGCCAAUUCGUUGGCAUGUGGUGCCGAUAUGACAGCUUUGUUUCCAAGAUAUAUCAAUAUUAGAAGAGGUUCUUUAUUCUGUGUGGCAAUGGCCCUAUGUAUCUGUCCAUGGAACUUAAUGGCUACUUCAAGUAAGUUUACUAGUGCUUUGAGUGCUUAUGCAAUUUUCCUUUCUAGUAUUGCUGGUGUCAUUUGCUCGGACUAUUUUGUAGUGAGAAGAGGGUAUGUGAAACUGACACAUUUAUUCCUGGCGCAGGAAGGCUCUUACUAUAUGUUCAAUAAUAAGUACGGCUUCAAUUGGAGGGCCCUUGUUGCGUAUCUCUGCGGUAUAGCACCAAAUUUGCCUGGCUUUAUCGGUGACGUGGGCGCUCCAAAAAUUACAGUGUCACAAGGUGCAAUGAACAUAUACCACUUGGGUUAUCCAGUGGGGUUCUUCAUUAGUGCUGUGAUAUACAUCGGACUGUGUUACUUUUUCCCAGUUCCUGGUACUCCAGUAGACAAUAUUCUUACAGAUAAAGGUUGGUUUCAAAGAUGGGCUUACGUUGAGGAUUUCGAACAAGAUUGGAAGAAUGAACUGCGUAGAGCUGAUUUAUGCGAUGAUACAAUGAGUAUCUGUGAUAUAAGCGAUGAAAAGAUAGUCUACUAA